UUCUGACUGGGAGCACAUGGAACAGUGUGAGGCUUGUCCCCUCUCGACACUGGAGGCCUCAUGGAUUUCGGCGGCCUGCACUAGCCAAGUGGGGAUGUUCUCUGGAAGGUCGCUGCUUCUUUGGGGUGUCCUACUCGGCGCUGCCCUCUCAGCGGCCCGGCCCCCUUCCACCUUGCCAGACCAAGUUGGCCCCGAGUCUAAACAAGAAAUGGAAUCGUUUUUGGCUCAUCCUGGAGACAUGAUAAUUUUACCGUGCAGGUUUCGAGAGGAUGUUCAGAGCAUCAGCUGGGUGAAAAACGGAGUUCAGCUUUCGGAGACUAACCACACUCGCAUAACAGGCGAUGCUAUCCAGAUUCUCACCGCAAGGCAGGAGGAUUCUGGGUUGUAUGCCUGUGUUACUAGUGGCCCAUUUGGAACAGAUACUGUUUUAUUCAGAGUUAAUAUAUCAGAUGCACUUCCAUCUGCCGAGGAUGAAGAUGACGACGACGAUAAUUCUUCUUCGGAAGAGAAAGCUGCAGAGAACUCCAAACCUAACCGACCUUAUUGGGCGAACCCAGAAAAAAUGGAGAAGAAGCUACAUGCUGUGCCUGCAGCCAAGACUAUAAGGUUCAGGUGCCCAGCAGGGGGCACACCACUGCCUGUUCUACGGUGGCUGAAGAAUGGCAGAGAGUUUAAACCUGAUCAUCGGAUCGGUGGCUAUAAGCUCCGCCCUCAAUCAUGGAGUCUUAUUAUGGAUUCGGUGGUCCCAUCUGAUAAGGGAAAUUACACGUGUAUUGUGGAGAACAAGUAUGGCAGCAUCAACCACACCUACCAGCUAGACGUUGUCGAACGUUCUCCACAUCGGCCAAUCCUCCAGGCCGGUCUGCCGGAAAAUAAGACAGUCAUUGUAGGAAGCAACGCGGAGUUCCACUGCAAAGUCUAUAGUGACCCUCAGCCUCACAUCCAGUGGCUUAGGCACCUUGAAAUCAAUGGGAGUAAAUUAGGAUCUGACGGCAUGCCCUACGUGGAGAUCCUAAAGACUGCAGGAGUCAACACCACCGACAAGGAAAUGGAGGUUCUCCACCUGACGAAUGUUACUUUUGAGGAUGCUGGCCAGUAUACCUGCUUGGCUGCUAAUUCCAUUGGGCACUCUUUUCAUACUGCAUGGUUGACCGUUCUUGAAGCUUCAGAGGAUAAACCAUCGCUCAUGACUACCUCCCUUCAUCUGGAGAUCAUAAUCUACUGUGCCGGAGCCGCCAUUGUGUCAGCCAUGUUGGUGACCAUCAUCAUUCUUAAGAUGAAACAUCCGUCCAAGGAGACCGAAUUUAAUAGUCAGAUGGCUGUCCACAAGCUGGCCAAGAGCAUACCCCUGCGCAGACAGGUGUCGGCAGACUCAAGUUCUUCCAUGAGCUCCGGAGUUAUAUUGGUGAGACCUUCUCGGUUGUCAUCGAGUGGUACACCUAUGCUGGCUGGGGUUUCUGAAUAUGAACUUCCGGAAGACCCCAGAUGGGAAGUUGCCAGAGACCGAUUAAGCCUUGGUAAGCCACUUGGAGAAGGCUGUUUUGGUCAAGUAGUCAUGGCAGAGGCCUUAGGUCUGGACAAGGAGAAGCCAAACAAGGUCACCAAAGUUGCAGUGAAGAUGUUAAAAUCUGACGCCAGUGAGAAGGACCUCUCAGAUCUAAUUUCGGAGAUGGAAAUGAUGAAAAUGAUAGGCAAGCACAAAAAUAUCAUUAAUCUUCUAGGAGCCUGUACACAAGAUGGUCCUUUAUAUGUGAUUGUAGAAUAUGCCUCCAAAGGGAACUUGCGGGAGUACUUGCGUGCAAGACGUCCACCAGGCAUGGAAUAUUGUUACAAUCCCAUCUGUGCUCCUGACGAACUGCUCUCCUUCAAAGACCUGGUCUCCUGCGCCUAUCAAGUAGCUCGGGGCAUGGAAUAUCUGGCUUCUAAAAAGUGUAUUCAUAGAGAUGUUGCAGCACGGAACGUUCUUGUCACAGAAGAUAAUGUGAUGAAGAUUGCCGACUUUGGCCUGGCUCGAGACAUCCACCACAUUGACUAUUACAAAAAGACAACAAAUGGUCGUUUGCCUGUAAAAUGGAUGGCUCCAGAAGCUCUAUUUGACCGAAUUUACACUCAUCAAAGUGAUGUAUGGUCAUUUGGGGUUUUACUGUGGGAAAUAUUUACCCUCGGAGGUUCUCCAUACCCUGGUGUCCCAAUGGAAGAAUUGUUCAAGUUACUGAAGGAAGGACAUCGGAUGGACAAGCCAACAAAUUGCACCAAUGAGCUAUACAUGAUGAUGAGAGAUUGCUGGCAUGCAGUUCCCAGCCAGAGACCUACCUUUGUACAACUGGUGGAAGAUUUGGACCGUAUUGUAGCUCUAAGCUCUAAUCAGGAAUAUCUCGACCUUGUCAUGCCAAUCAGUCAGUAUUCUCCAUGCUUCCCAGAUACAAGAAGCUCCACGUGUUCAUCGGGGGAAGAUUCCGUUUUUUCUCACGAUCCCUUACCAGAUGAACCUUGUCUUCCCAAAUAUGUUAAUGGUGGACUUAAAAAGCGUUGAUCACCUAAUCCUAGGUCAUCACUCCAGUUAAUGGACACUUGGUUUUAUGCAUUCCUGAAAAAAGAAAAACAUUCAACCUGCUUCUCAAUUUCCAAGACCUAAUGGACCAUUUGAGCCUGUGUCUUUAGUCUUACGUCAUGCAUUGAUGGAACUACUCAUAUUUCAGAUGUUCGGAAUGGAAAUGAGACCCAAGUAUUACUUUUAAAGAGGACCUAUCACUAAAAUUAUAACUUUUUGUUUUUGAUAGCACAUGUAAAAAUAUAUAUUUUGAAAUAUAACUUAAAAAAAAAAUAUUACCAAAACCUGAACAAAAAGCUGUAUGUUUGUCUUGAGCUGUAUGCUAAGGAGUUCCCAGCAUCCUUUGACUGGUUACAUCAUAUCGCAGAUAGCAGUGGGAAGGUAAAUUUCAGCUUCAGUAUGACUUCAGCUAGGCUAGCACCGCUGGCAUUGUAAAAUGAGUCAGGAAUGCUUUAACAAGCUACUAGGUAUAUACAUAAAGAGUAAAUAAAACUUUGAGGUUGACACUGUGCGCAGUGAUAUGGGCAGGAGCAUUCUCAGCCAAGCUUGCAGAUUUCCGGUGGGCCGUGCUGUGUGCCCUCCCAGUGGCUACUCAGCUCCUGGUAAUUUGAAUAAUUUAUUCACUGCAUUUCCCUGUUUCUAGGUUCCCUAUUGUGUAGACUUCAAAGGCUCCUUCCUGUGUAUGGAGUUAUCUCCACUAUAGUGUGAUAGAGGGUUGUCCUGUGUUCCCCCUUCAUGGUCUUACCUUUACAGUUUCCAUUUAAAGUGUCACUGUCAUUUGGAAGAACUUUUUCUGGUCUCGAUCCUUAGACCUGUUCUUCAUUUUCCGACUGGUUGCUCCAUCCGACUCAUUCCCUAUAGACUCCAAUGCAGAGAAUGAACGAAUCAGGUUUAAGUAAUAGCCAGGGAGUGAGGCGCAAUGUGCUGCACAUUUCAUUUGGCUCUAACUCACGAUUGCAGCGGUUCUUAGUUAAGGACAACAUAUCAGGUUUUUCAAAGUGACAUUGACUCUGUUUCCUGCUAUUCUACUCAUCAUUUUUUUUUUUUUGCAAAGCAAACAUUUCCUCCAGGACUUGUAUUCAAUUUGUGGGGUUGUGAAGUGUCCCAGUUUGCUAAAAUGUUGGCACAAAAAUUGUCGCAAAAGCUGACACUAAACUAUUGGUAUGGGAAUAGUAAAUCUGGGCCAUUGAGCUCUAUACAAUCUUGUGCACUGCAGCGGACUCUUCUUCAGUUGGCCACUUAUAUGCACUUUAAUAGUAUAGUUCUGCCACCUACUGACUGCUAUUCGCUCCUGCUGUGCCCUGUUUUGGAGAGAUAAGUUCCACCCAAUUACUGUGCCGUCCUUCUCAGAACUGGGAACGGUAAUCCCUUCCAUAUUGUGGUAAAGCAGGAGGAGGACGUGACAAAGCGCCCCAUUUGUCAUCCUCCACUGUGCCUGUAUAGACCUUUUGAGAACUUCAAGGAAGAGGCCUUGUCAUGUGCUCCUCUAUGUUUGGAGGAUCUUAUGGACAGCAUAGCAAAUGUUUGUGGCUUCUAAUAUUUCCACAACAGGGCACAGCGGGAGCAAAUAGCAGUCAGUAGGGGGCAUAACUAUGCUAUUACAGUGCAAAUAAUUUUUUUACAUAGUGGCCAUACCCUUUAAACUCAAUCAGUAGCUGCAAAAAGUCUCUAUGUUGUCAUGGACAUUUCCCAAUAGAAUGUGUUCCUUCACUGUCAGAUACUGUUAGUGAUGACUGAACACUGUCAGACUGAAGGGAAAACUGCAUAUGUUCCUAGGGCUGGGGGGGGAAAAAAAAGACAAAAAAGCUAUACUUGCCUACCCCUGGUCCCCCGCAGAUCCCAUUUGUCGUCUUUUGGUUCCCAGAUCUCCUGUCUUCCUGAUUUAAAAACAAGAGCUCAGCCAAUCGCUGGCCAGGACGGAAUACCACUGUGGUUAGUGAUUGGCUGAGUGGGAAGGUCCUGCAACAUAGGAGGACCAUAAGGGGAGGAAAAGAAGCUGUGGGGUAGAGGACUUUAGCUUUUUGUUCUAUUUUUCCUGGGCCCCAUCAACAUAUGAUUUUUUUUUUUUUUUUAGGAGGUUGAAAUACCCCUUUAACAGCGUUAACCCUUUUAAUAGUCUGAUAACUGAUGUGACUGCAGUAUACACAAGCUUUGGGAUACUUGAACAUACAAACUUGGAAUCUGUGGUGCGUCCUAUGCCUUAAAGGGGGUUUUCCAGGAUUAAAAAAUAUAGCUGCUUUCUUCCAAAAACUGCACCACACCUGUACUCCGGUUGUGUGUAGGUGUGAGUCGGCUUCAUUCUCUUCAAUGGAACUGAGUAUAACACACAAACUGAGGGCAACAAUGGUGCUGUUUUUUCUUGAAAGCAACAGUGUUUUUCUAAUUCUGGAUAUCCCUUCAAACUUCCAAAUUCAAAAUGGCCUCUCCAUUCAGCUGCUUCCUUGACCGUUCUCUCAUAUGGUGAUAGGUCCUCUUUAACUUAUGGCCAGUGCAAGCUUAGGACUGUCAGCAGCAGAACAUCUGAUAAUCUCAUAGGUACCGUGUUAGAUGUAUGUAUGUUUGUUUUUUUUCGUUUUUUUUUUAUGGGACAA